GCUUAAAGGCCAAACACCCCUUACAAUCCCUAUUUAUAUCCCCCUAAAUCCCUCUCAAUUUUCCACAUCCAACUCCCAUUUUUCACUCUUCCUUUGCUUAGUCAUUACAUUCUCUCUUGCUAGUCAAGGCUCACUCUCCAAAGAAACAUGGCUUAUUUUGGGAUUUGCUUUGUUGGUCUUCUUGCAAUGGUGUCAUCUGUUUAUGGUUAUGGUGGAGGAGGUUGGAUUAAUGCUCAUGCAACUUUCUAUGGGGGUGGGGAUGCUUCUGGAACAAUGGGUGGGGCUUGUGGAUAUGGGAACCUUUAUAGUCAAGGGUAUGGUACAAAUACAGCAGCUUUAAGUACUGCUAUGUUCAACAAUGGGUUGAGCUGUGGUUCUUGUUUUGAAUUAAGAUGUGUGAAUGAUAGACAAGGGUGUUUGCCUGGUUCUAUUGUGGUUACAGCUACAAAUUUUUGCCCACCAAACAAUGCCCUCCCUAAUAAUGCAGGGGGCUGGUGUAAUCCUCCACUUCACCAUUUUGACCUCUCUCAGCCCAUUUUCCAACACAUUGCUCAUUACAAAGCUGGAAUUGUCCCUGUGUCUUAUAGAAGGGUACCCUGUAGAAGAAGGGGAGGAAUCAGGUUCACAAUCAAUGGACACUCAUACUUCAACUUAGUACUAGUAACAAAUGUUGGUGGUGGUGGUGAUGUUCAUUCAGUAGCUGUUAAAGGAUCAAGAACUGGUUGGCAGCCAAUGUCAAGAAACUGGGGACAAAACUGGCAAAACAACAACAACCUUAAUGGACAAACACUUUCAUUUAAGGUUACAACAGGUGAUGGUAGAAGUUUGAUCUCAUACAAUGUUGCACCUGCUCACUGGUCAUUUGGACAGACAUAUACUGGUGCUCAAUUCCACUGAAAACAUCUCAAAGUUUAGUUAAAUGGGAUUUUUAAUUUUUUGAAGUAUAAUACCACUAGUAUUAUUAUAUGAUGCAUACUGAUUUGGUCACUAGUAUUAGUAUUGUGACUAUUUAGUAUAUUAGUAUAGAAGUAUUUUGGUGGUAAAGGUGUGGUCUUUAAGGUAAAAAAUGAAAAAAGGGCAUAUUUUAAAAUUGUCCUUUUUUUUCAUUUUUGUUUGAAUUAAGGGUAUCUUACUUUUGGGGACCCUAAUUCUUGAAGGCCACUCUUUGUAGGUUUUUUUUUUUUUUUUUGGUUUUUGGGGGUAUUUUGGUAAUUUUUCCUUCUGUGAAGGGCAGAAGUGGAAAGCAGUGGUGGACUUUUACCACCCGCAGUUGGUAGGUGGGGGGUGGGUGUGGGGGUAUUUUUGGUAACUUUUUUUUUUUAAAGCUUCAGCCUGUAGCUGGAGAUGGACUUGGUGUUUGUGUGAGACUAUAAAGUGUAAAGAUCCAUUUAACUAGUAAUGAUUCAAGAAGAUUAUGCUUAUGUAUUCA